GGCUCAAUGAUUGACAGGAGAGAAUCUAGCAAAUGAAAAUAUUUGUUUUACUUUAGUUUGGGUGUAAGCAGAAUGGCAGCCCUGGUGUACUUGCCGCAAAAUGUUCUUGUCGGCUUUGAUCAUUAUAAAUAUAGUUCAGUAGAUACCAGCCCAGUCAGUAAUUACAUCACACAUCCAUUCUGGAACUGGGUAGUUCAGUUUGUUCCAUUAUGGGUAGCUCCAAAUGUCCUGACUCUUACAGGUUUUUUAUUUCUACUGGUGAAUUUUGCUAUCAUGACAUAUUAUGAUGUCGAUUUCUAUAGUUCUAGUCUUGAUCAUCCAGUCCCUCCACCUGCACCAAGUUGGGUAUGGUUAGUUGGAGCAAUAAAUAAUUUUUUAGCUCAUACUUUAGAUGGUAUAGAUGGGAAGCAAGCUAGAAGAACUCGGUCCAGUAGUCCACUCGGCGAACUCUUCGAUCAUGGUCUGGACAGUUGGGCUACAGUUAUGUUACCGGUUGCUUUGUAUUCCAUAUUUGGUCGUGGAGAAUUUGGAGCAAGUGUGCUCCGAGUUUAUUUUAUAAUCCUUGGUGUUCAGUUCUGUUUUCUGUUAUCUCACUGGGAAAAGUACAACACAGGAGUUCUUUUUCUUCCAUGGGGUUACGAUGUUAGUCAGCUGGGAAUGACAGCUUUGUAUCUUAUAACAUAUGUCUAUGGCAUAGAGUUUUGGAAAUUUAAUGUUCCAUAUAUAGAUUUAACAGCUGGAGAUUUAUUUGAAAUUAUAGUCCAUUUGGGAUUUUUUGUGUUAACAUUCCCCAUUACAUUUUGGAAUAUAUACAAAGCAUAUAAAGAUAAAACUGGCAAGAUGCGGUCAUUUACAGAAGCAUUGCGACCAUUAGUUUCAACAGCUAUAUUAUUUAUAUUACUUUUAUUGUGGAUCAGAUUUUCCAGUUAUGAUAUUUUAGAGAAACACCCCAGAUUAUAUUACUGGACAACUGGGACAGCUUUUUCAAAUAUAGCAUGUCGUUUGAUCGUAGCCCAAAUGAGUAAUACUAGAUGUGAAUUAAUCAACAAUAGAGUGAUUAUAUUAGCUGUUAUUGUUUGUGUAGUUUAUUUAUAUCCAUUAGGAACUAAAGAAUUAUAUUUGCUAUGGUUCUAUUGUUUAUAUACUACAAUAUCACAUGUUAUAUAUGGCAUUUUUGUGGUAAAAGAAAUGUGUGAUCAUUUUAGGAUAAAUGCAUUUACCAUUCCAAAGAGAAAGCAGUGAUACAAAUGAAUGUUUUAGGAUUUUUUUCAAGUGUAUUAAACAAAUAUGAAAGAACUGAUAUUAUAAGAUAAUAUACUCCUACAAGGUCAAUAUCCAUGAAGCAUGACUAACACAGUUUUAUCAAGCUAAUGCAUUAUUAACAUUGGAGCAAUGUCGGCAUGAUAUGAUGUCAUCCAUGAUGCCAGAGUGACAGAUGUAUAAUACUGUAGAUUUCAUGUCAUCAUAUCAGGCCAGCAAAACUAAUUAAUGUUGAGGGUUUUUUUGGGUUUUUUUUGUUUAUCCAAUGUAAUAACUGCCUGAGCGCUAUAAAAUGUGUCCUAAUAUAUCAACAAUUCUAACAAUACUCUCGAGGUUGGCAUUCAGUUAUAAAAAAGAAAUUAACACUUUCACUGCUGAGCUUUAAGCAUAACUGGAUUAUCUCCCCUACUAUACAAAACAAGAUUUGAUAAAGAUGCUUAUUUUAUAUUUUAAUAUGUGUACAUUUCAUUAUUAUGAUCAAUGAUCCUUUUGAAUCCAUCUAUUAUUGGUAUUUUAUAUUUUCCCGUUUCAACAAUUAUUGAUUGUUUAUUGCCUGUUUGGUCCGGAAUCCGAAUGGUUGAUAUCGGCAAGAUUACCAGAAGUUGACACUGGAAAAUUAGUGCAAAUAACUUGAUUACUGAAGUUUUCCUUAAUUACAGUACUUUCAUUGCUAAUUAUAUCCGAAUCUAAUUCAUUACCGAUAAAUAUUUACACCAAAAUGUGGUCCGUUGUACCACGAAUAUUUCUUUUCGCAGGAUUUCCAGUUUGGUAUCGAAAGUAAACAAUAUUUUUAGCUGUGAGCUUUGACCCAGAUACUAAAUUUAGAAAGUAUGAAAAUAUGAUGAUGUGUGCAAAGACAUAAUACCUGGCUCUAUAUAUAGUAACUUUGCCUCAAGAAAAAGUGACGUAAAAAAAUAGAGAUCUUCGUAUUUAGCAGUGGAAGUGUUAAUGAUAUUUUCGAAAGUAUAAUAAAUCACUCUAAAUAAUAAAAGUACAGCUUGUCAAAUGGAAAUAGUACAAUGUAGGUCUAGUUAUUAGCUCUCGACAAGACAAGGUAUCGGAGGGUGAUUGGAAUUACAUGAAACUAAAGUAGGGUGACCCAUGCACUCUACAGAAAUACAGUCCACCGCUGAUAAUUCGAGACUACCACUGAAGCGUGUACAUUCGCCGUGUCGAGACCAACUUUCUGACAGUAUGAUACUAUAAAUAGCCAUGGCACGUGCAAUUCUCUACAAAUCUAUCAACUAUUACAGCCGUAAAAAAUUUAUUGUUGACGAUUUUGAAUAGCAGUAAAAUUAAGCUUCUUGGUUAUUACAGCAGAUUUAGAAAUUACAUUCGUUUCAUUUUUUAAAUCGCUUUAUUAUUAACUGUACCGUUAAGAGCGGCAUCUUUUGGUUUAGUACAAAUAAUAUCUCUGAAACACUUGGGUUAGACAGGAACAUGAUACUAGCAGUAGUUUCAUUUUACUUUUACAAGCUUCUUAAAACAAUUGUUGAGCUAGCUAACGUGCUUAUUUCUAAAUUCAAUUUCUUGUUCUAGCUUUCUGUUAUGUUUCGUAAAAAAGUAGUCUUGAUUAUCCCGACCUGUCAAUCAGACGUAGAAUGGUCGAUAGACUGGUUAAGCGAGACUAAUUUCAAAACAAGAGCAUGUAACCUAUCUUUUACUCAAAAGUGUCUGGAUGUUAUGGACGACACUUGGAACCAGUUUUCAGUCUAUUAUUUAUAGAUGAUUGAUGGCCAUAGCUUAUUAAGUACAACAUGAUCGUUUAUUUAGUGACUAUAAUUGUGUGAAACUGAUUUGAGGCUUGGCAUAUAUAUAAAUAUUGUGGCGUAAUUGUCGAGAUAUUUGGAGAUAUUUAUUUAUGGUGGGUCACCCUAACUAAAGCCAGGCUGUUAUUACGUUAAAUAGACGUUGUAAACAUUGUUGUAAUGUUUGAUGGACAUUUAUCUUGAAGUUAGUCAUUUGUUGUGUUUUGUGAACAAUGACCUAUGCAUAUCAUUUUUAACUGCUGUCACAAAAUCUUAGAUUUAGAAAAUAUCAAACAACUUUUGUGAUAUAUUAUUUUAUGCAGAAGCUGAGAGAAAACUUAUGUGAACAUUAUUUGUGCCAAAUAUGAACAUUAUCAAAUAGUUAAAUUAUUUUGACUUUUCAAGUUAUAUAGGAAAUGUAUGCUGACAUUUUUAAUUUAUCUUCAAUUCAAAAUAACCUGACAUUGCUUUGAUUUGUAUUUAGUGGAACAUUAUUUCCUGUGUAAAGCAGGAUAGAUGCUUUUGACUAACUUAAAUUUAAUAUGUUUUAAAAUGAUAUCUAUCCUGUAAUUGAACUUUACAAUCUAUACAUGCAUGUAAAAUUAGUGUAAUGUACAACUCUAAAUGCUGCCAACUAUAUUAGAUCAUUUACUGUAAAUAAACUACAAAAAGUAAUUCACCAGAUACAAUAAUAUUAAAUUGAUUAGAUCCAUAAAGUCAUCAGAUCGUUUGCAUUACUGUGUGACUGGAAAUUAUAAUGGAUAGCUCCACUUGAUGGAGACUUUUUUUUACGGAUUAUUAUUGACUGAACCGCUGAUAAACCACAGAAGGUCUAUUAUAAUUAAAGGACCACAAGCAGAUGUAAUACAUUGUAAAAUAUUAUUUGGGUGGAAACCAUUUUGUCAGGUUGUAUUCUGACCCAUGAAGUGACAAACUUUGAUAAUUUCAGUUAUUAAAGGGACAGUCCCAGAUGUAAUUUAGUGACUAUACCUGGUUAAUUCAAGAUAAUACAAACCUUUAUCCUAGUCAUCUUUAAGAAGCUUGUUUUGAAAGAAAUUCAAAAUUCGGUUUACGUUAGGAAUUGGAAAAUAUAUAUUUGCCAGGGGGUAAUCAUAUCUAGUCGAAGUUAUUGUGGUUAGUGAUCAUCGCAAUUAUCGUAUCAUAUUCAUCACCAUGGUCAACAUAAUUACAUAAAAGUGAUUGGAGACAUGCUGCCCUUGAACUUCAUCUAGUGGUUGUUCUUAUUUCAUAUCUGGUUUAAUAUUUGUGACCUGUACUGGCAAAUUGAGUCGCAAUGAGGAAAUUUUGAAAAAUGAGUUAUUGUUAUUUGCACAUUCUCCACCCUAAUACCUUCAAAAUGAUGUAUGGUUGGUAUGAAUCCAGUGAAAAUUGACUGGGCUAUAUCCAUUUGAAGUUGUACAAGUCAGAAAGGUAGUUGUAAGAAAAAGCGAGUUAAACAUGUCGGUAUAUUCUAACACAAAAUCACAUAGCAACCACGCCAUAUACUUGUUAAUUUUCGUUUGAUAUUUCUCUCAGUGUUAUAAUUUAGAAUAAAAGAGAACAGUCCAUACAUUAGCAAUAUAGGUUUUGUAUAUUAUAAGUUUUAUGUGAAUAAAUUCUGUUAAUCUCUCCACUUAAUUAGCUGCGUGCGUUGAAAAAUAGCUAAUUUCGAUGAGAAUUUUAAGAAAAAAAGAUUUAAGAAUACGGUACUCUUACAAAAUGUCCAAAUAAAGGUGUUUUACAAUUUUUUAUUGCUAUUUUGAUUUUUUUGUGAAAAUCUCAAUUUCGAUCAAAAUCAAUAUUUUCACUUGUUUUGUCCGUAGCUCAUUAUUAGACUUUACGCAUUCCGACUCAUUUUGCCAGCACUGGUCACAUUUUAGUAUUAUGCUGUAUUUUUUAAGCUUUUGUUAUUGAUUUAGGAUAAAAAAUUAUAAUGAAAUUGUGUGUUUGUUUUUCAAUCAUUACAUUUCUGUUUUUGUCAUCUUUGUUUUCACAGUGUUUUGUUACUCGUAUGUUAAUAAUGGGGCUAUAGCUGUUGCAUUGAGAAUUCAGGCCAACUUGAUAUCUCAUGGAACAACAGAAAAUUGUCAUCGAUCUGUGUUAAGUCUCCUAUUUUUAGUAUAUGAAAGUAAUAAUAGCACCAAACUAUUUGAUGAUAUGACAUUUAGUCUUAUCUUCAUCAUUUAUUAAUGCAACAAAAACAGCUCCAUUCUUACCAGGGGUGAGUAACAUUUUAUAAUAGAAGACAGGAUGUAUUUAUAUAGUUUGUUAUAUUAAUAAACCUAAUGAUCAUUAUAAUAUAACUAGCAAUAUGUAUAAUUGCAUUUAUAAGUGGCCAAAUAAUUCAUAAAACAAAAUAGCUUUAAAAUACUUAAUUAUAUUGUGAUAACAAUUUGUUUAAAUGAAAUGUUAGAAAUUAAUUUAGUCAGAUUUGUACAAUAUUAUAAUUGUGUACUCCUAUCCAUUCAUUAAUUAUGGUUUCUUGAGUAAGAUUGUAUUGUUCUUUUAUAAAUGUAAUCUGUUUCCAUUAUUAAGUCAAAUCAGAUGGUUAACUGUUCACAAUAAAAUUUUCAAGAACUUAAUCAAAACUGUAAGAAUCAAAGACAAAAUCAAACCGGCCCCUAGUUCACAAAGCAUUCUGAGACUGAAGUUAGGAAUUUACUUAACUUUCAAUCACUGUUUAUGAGAAAUAUCAUUGAUUCAGAAACACAAAACUAACACAAGUUUUAUAAAGGGCUAAAUUUUAGUUAAAAUAAGGCAAACAAUUUUGAAUAAAUUCCUAACUUAAGUCUGAAAAUGCUUUCUUUGUGAACUCAGGGCCUAAAGUAUUAACAAUUAGUGAAUGGAUAUCAAUGAGUUGGAGAUAAUCAAAAUGCAGAGUUUAAAGUGACACAAAUGAUAUGAACUAUUUUCUGAACUAAUAUUAUCUUGCUUUGUUACCAAAAAUAAGCACAGAAUUUGUGAUGUAUGUUCUUGAAAAUAGGGAAAAAUCAUUGUUGGUCCUUUUGGCAUCUUAUUGUGGGUAUAAUGUUGAAAAUGUAAACAUAUUUAAAGGAAACUGACAUUUUAUUAGCUGAGAUUUAAAAUCCUAAUGUUUGCUCUUAAAGACCAGUAAGAACAGGUUACUUCACAUAUUUAUCAGAAUCCGUUUCUGCCAGUUUAUUAUGGAGGUAAAUACGCUUUACAUCGAUCAGUAUAUUCAAAGGGUAUUGCACAGAUUUAUGUUGCUUUAAAAUCACUAACACUUUACUUUAGUUUAUCAACUAAACAAUAUCAUUCUUCACCAGUUAGAAAUCCUGUUUUUGUUUUAGUGUGACCACUGAAUAAUAACUUGUGGUUGGUGAUGGCUUUGGUAGAGUGCUUUAUCAACAUCUGGAUAGACUAUCUUGUAUUUUACUUAUGCCAUUCACUGUAUUCUAGCUGUUGUUUAAUAUCUGUCAUAUGAUCAUUUAGAUAAUUAUUGUCGAAAGAAGCAAGUUUGUGUGAAAUUUUAAAUGUUGCUGUUGUAUAUAUGUUUUAUUAUUAUAAAUUAUUUCAUUGUGUUGAUGAACUUUUUUGUAUCAAAAUAUUGUGUUGCUCAGUAUUUUAUUGUUAUCUUGUCAAAUUACUUCAAAAUACAAAACAAAAUGUUUUAGACUGAAUAA